CCCUGGACAGUUGUGGACAUAAGCUUGCUGGGUGUCCUGUGGGUGGAUGGAAACUUGGCUGGAGGAGUGUAAGCAGCAGCCUCAGCAGGAGCGAUGCUGCCCUACCGGACGGAGAGCCCGGUCCUGCCCGGUCGCUGCCCGGUGCGGGGAGGAAGGGUUGUGCACGGGCCACAGUUCGCCUACUGCCCCAGCCCCCAAGCUCUGCACCGGCUGCCGGGUGCCCACAGCUGCCCCUUCACGGUCAGCGCUGUGCCCUGCCCUGACCAUGGCUUCCCCUGCCCCGGCUCCCCGGGGCGCCUGCGCGAGGGCCGGGAGCGGUACGAGCUGGACGCGCUGUCCUGGCAGGGGCACCGACUGGGCUUGGACGAGCUGCAGAGGCCAGAGCUCGGGUGCUGGGCCAGGGUCCAGUCCUUCUGUGUCUCCCUUCUAAAGGUGCCCCUGAUGUUUGGGUUCCUGUACCUCUUUGUGUGCUCUCUGGACGUGCUCAGCUCUGCCUUCCAGCUGGCUGGAGGUAAGGUGGCGGGGGACAUCUUCAAGGACAACGCCAUCCUCUCCAAUCCAGUGGCUGGGCUGGUGGUGGGCAUCCUGGUGACUGUGCUGGUGCAGAGCUCCUCCACCUCCACCUCUAUCAUCGUCAGCAUGGUCUCCUCAGGGUUGCUGGAGGUGCGCUCUGCCAUCCCCAUCAUCAUGGGCUCCAACAUCGGCACCUCGGUCACCAACACCAUCGUGGCCCUCAUGCAGGCUGGCGACCGCAGUGAGUUCAAACGGGCCUUCGCUGGUGCCACAGUGCACGACUGCUUCAACUGGCUGUCAGUGCUGGUGCUGCUGCCACUGGAGGUGGUGAGUGGGUACCUGCACCACGUCACCCGCCUGGUUGUGGCCACCUUCAACAUCCGCAGCGGGAAAGAUGCCCCCGACCUGCUGAAGAUCAUCACAGAGCCCUUCACCAAGCUCAUCAUCCAGCUGGACAAGUCUGUGAUCACGGGCAUCGCGACAGGGGACGAGAGCCUGCGCAACCGGAGCCUCAUCCGCGUCUGGUGUGGACCUGCAACCCCACAGAUGGCCACUGUGGGGCUUGGGCCCCCCCCAAACUGCACAUCCCCCGGCCACUGAGCACUAAGGGCAUCGAGGUCCUUCACAACGUCACCAGGCAGAAGUGGGCAGGUGGCCAAAGCCAUCCAGAAGGUCAUCAACACUGACCUUCCACACCCGCUCAGCUGGCUCACCGGGUACUUUGCCAUGGUGGUGGGUGCUGGGAUGACCUUCGUGGUGCAGAGCAGCUCUGUCUUCACCUCUGCCAUCACACCCCUGAUCGGCCUGGGGGUGAUCAGCAUUGAGCGUGCCUACCCACUGACCCUGGGCUCAAACAUUGGCACCACCACCACUGCCAUCCUAGCUGCCCUGGCCAGUCCAGGGGACAAGCUGGCCAGCUCCUUCCAGAUUGCUCUGUGCCACUUCUUCUUCAACAUCUCGGGCAUCCUGCUGUGGUACCCACUGCCCUUCACCCGCCUGCCCAUCCGCAUGGCCAAGGCGCUGGGCGAGCGCACGGCCAAGUACCGCUGGUUUGCCGUGCUGUACCUCAUCAUCUGCUUCCUCCUGCUGCCCUCCCUCAUCUUCGGCAUCUCCAUGGCGGGCUGGCGGGCGCUGGUGGGGGUGGGCGCGCCCUUCCUCGGCCUCCUCUUCUUCGUGGGGCUGGUGAACGCGCUGCAGGCACACAGCCCCGGGCGCCUGCCCAAGUGGCUGCAGACCUGGGACUUCCUCCCCGCCUGGAUGCACUCGCUGCAGCCCCUGGACCGCGUCAUCACCCAGGCCACGCUGUGCUGCACCGACCGCUGCCGCAGCCCCGAGGGCUGGGAGGAGCACGAGGGCGCACCCCGCGACAAGGCCAGGCUGGGGCUGGACAACCCCGCUCUCUCGUACCCCGAGGAGAUGCCCAGCCCCACCACGCGGGUGGGCUCCCCUCGCCCGCUCCCGCACGGUGCCACACGGCUCUAGCUGACAGUGCACGCCCGGGCUGCUGCUCCUGCGGCCGCUGGUGUCUGCUGUCCCUGCUCAGCUGGUGUCUA